AUGACCUCAUCAGGAGGCGGGGUUUAGCGUCCGGAUUUUCUUCUACUGCUGUAGCCUAAAACAUGGCGACUCCUGGCCCCGUCACUCCGGAGGCACCCUUUGAACCAUCGCAGCCCCCAGUCAUUGAGGGCUUUAGCCCCAGUGUAUACAGCACUUCGGAAAGCUUCAAGGAAAAGUUUCUUCGCAAGACCCGCGAGAACCCAAUGGUACCCAUAGGCUGCCUGGGCACAGCGGCCGCCCUUACCUACGGCCUCUACUGCUUCCACCGGGGUCAGAGCCAGCGCUCCCAGCUCAUGAUGCGCACCCGAAUCGCCGCCCAGGGCUUCACGGUCGUAGCCAUCUUGAUGGGUCUGGCUGCAUCCACUAUGAAAUCUCGACCCUGAGUCGGUGGCCUGCCCUUGAAAGCUCCGCGGAGAUCGUUCCCAGCUCCAGGAGCAACCACCGGUCCUGCCACUGGCAUUAUUCCCUCAUGUCCCCUGACAAGCCCCUGUAUCAGUGGGGGCAGAAGUGGCCAAUUGUGUAACCGACAGAUUUUUUUCAGGAAUCUCAGGUUCGGUUCAGUUUGAGUGUUGCAUACUUCUAGUUGUGCUGCACCUUCACCACUCCCUACUUAAUAAACUCUGAUCCACUUGUAGUUUGGUGAAUUCAUUCCCAGUCUCACCCCCAUGCUUUUUGGUCUUUGGUUUUAGGAGAAAACAGACUAAAGACUGCAGGGGCUCUUAGAAUUCCAAUAGUCUACUGAUUCUCAAACUUUCCUGGUAGCAAUCACCCUGAGGUACUUAUUAAAAGUAGAGAGUCUCUACAGUGAUGUUAUAUGAAAAAAAAAAAACAAAAAACUGAGCUUUCCAACAGUUUUCAAACUUU